UGGGAGUCGCACCUUCCGACUCCUGCAGUGACCCGGGCGGCCGCGGGCGGAGCGCUCGCCCACCUCCAGCGAGCGCAGCUCCGCCGACGUUACCCGCCGAGCUUGACCUUGGAUCCGUAGCCAUCGGGUUGGCCGGCCGCACAGGGGAAUCGUCGACUUCGACCCUCUUCUCUGUCUCCAAAACAGACGGCGCUGCCGAGAGUGCGGGCCGCGCCCUCCUGCCUCCUGCUCUCCCCAUGCACCUGCCCGGCUGCUCUCCAGCCAUGGCCGACGGCAGCUUCUCGCUCGCCGGCCACCUGCUCCGCAGCCCGGGUGGGAGCACCUCGCGGCUGCACAGCAUCGAAGCCAUCCUGGGAUUUACCAAGGGUGACGGGAUCCUAGGCUCCUUCCCGGCAGAGCUGGGCGCCCGGGGCGCUAAGGAACGGGAUGGGAGGCCCGGCGCGCGGGCUGCCUGUCCUAAGGCGCCCGGGGGAGGCGCCGAGCCCUCCCCGCCGCCCGCCCCGGCGCCCGCUCCCGAGUACGAAGCCCCUCGCCCCUACUGCCCCAAGGAGCCCGGGGAGGCGCGGCCGAGCCUAGGGCUGCCUGUCGGACCCGCCGCCGGCGACGUGAAGCUCUCCGAGGAGGAGCCGCCCAAGAAGAAGCACCGGAGGAACCGCACGACCUUCACCACGUACCAACUGCACGAGCUGGAGCGAGCGUUCGAGAAGUCCCACUACCCCGACGUGUACAGCCGCGAGGAGCUGGCGGGCAAAGUCAACCUACCCGAGGUCCGGGUCCAGGUGUGGUUCCAGAACCGACGGGCCAAGUGGCGGCGGCAGGAGAAGCUGGAAGUGUCGUCCAUGAAGCUGCAGGACUCGCCCCUCCUCUCCUUCAGCCGCUCCCCGCCCUCAGCCGCUCUGGCGCCCCUCGGGGCGGGCCCAGGCGGCGGCGGAGGGCCGGCAGGGGGCGCCCUGCCGCUGGAGUCCUGGCUUGGGCCGCCGUUGCCCGGCGGGGGCGCCACGGCGCUGCAGAGCCUGCCGGGCUUCGGGCCGCCGGCGCAGAGCCUGCCCGCCAGCUACACACCGCCGCCGCCACCGCCGCCGCCUUUCCUGAACUCGCCCCCGCUGGGCCCCGGCCUGCAGCCUCUGGCGCCGCCGCCACCCGCCUACCCCUGCGGACCGGGCUUCGGGGACAAGUUCCCGCUGGACGAAGCGGACCCACGCAACAGCAGCAUCGCGGCGCUGCGCCUGAAGGCCAAGGAGCACAUCCAGGCCAUCGGGAAGCCCUGGCAGGCCCUCUAGGGGCACAAAGGACCAAAUCGGGGCAGACAACCCUCCUGGGAGCCGACCCCGAGCCGCAAACGUGCACCCCUUCUCCCCGGGUCCCCCGACUCGGCUACUUCUUCCCCGUUCCGCCCGAAGCUGCAGCCAGGCUUGGGGCUUGGGUGCGCGUCUGCUCCUGACUCACCCGGGAGGACUGACCCUCAGGCUGGCCGAAUUCCCUUGGCCACCCCAAACCUUCAUAGACCCCCCGAGCCCUGCUGCUGGAGGGGGAGAAGCGGCCUGGCCAGCCACGCUACUCCCACCCUCGGGGGCCCCGGAGCCUCCAGUCUCAAGGGACCCAAAGCGCCUGACCUGGGCCGCUCCUGACGGCCUGGCAACCCCAGAUAGCGACAACUGGGAGGAAGGGGAGGUGGGGAAAUAGAGUUUGAAGAACUGUUUGUAUAAGUAGUUUCAAAAUAUUUG